AUGCUUCUGCUUCGAUAUUUUUUGACAUCGCUUGCAUUUCAAAUUGGAAAUGCAAUACUAUGUCACCAAUGUGAAGGAUGGCGUGGUCAUAAAGAAGGAGGUCUUGAGAACUCAUGUUGGAAGUAUAAUAAUAACUGUGAGACCAAUGUAUUCUGCGUGAAAAUCACAGAACCAAUGACUCGAGAGGCCACUUAUGAACCCUAUCGGUCAGAGUGUUGGCACCAAAAUAAUCUAGUCGUCGCGCCUGGAAACUCGACAAUCGUUCAAAACGGAUGCUACACAUUUUUCGAUCAAGCGACUCCUCCGAAACGAAAAAGACGAUUUUUCACCGACGACGACGUCAUGUCUCGAUCUCCUGGCGACGGAAAAGUAGCGUUGAAAAAACAGCUGACUUCAGUCUCGAAGGAUCUGGCGAUUCAUGGAAUCCACGUAGACUUGCUCGCAAUACGUCAAGAAGUCCGAAGUGGUCGUCUCCAAUGGAAAACUGUGGUCGCCGAGUUGUUGGACCUGAAUAAGAGGAAUAUGGAUGCAUUGGAGAAUGGAAGCUUGGGAGGAUUGGCGGAGAGUUUGGAAGGAUUGGUGACGUUGGUCGGGAAGGCUUGUGGAGAUAAAGGAGUGAACUGUGGUGGACUUGACAAGAUCACGACUGGAAUCACUGCUAUGGAAACGAUCGAUUCGACUGCUUUGAAUGGUAUCGAGGCGACCGUCAAAGCUGGCUCUUCUCAUCAAGUUCUUCUCAAAGUAAAACAGUCGGACCCUCAAAAACUCCAAAAAGCACUCACUAGAUUCAAAGGCUACAUUCAAAACCCACCUAGCAAUACAGCGGACACUAGAACUAUGGACGAGUACAGAAAUUCGAUCAAGUAUGAUCCGUUAGACUUGAUAGCAGGUUCGAAAAUGUUCUCAACCGAAUUCACUCCGGAAGAAAUCAAUGCGCUGUCAGAAACGAGCAUGAAAAAUGCGACGAAUGGAGUUUUGAUGGCUAAACCUGUUUGCGAUCUCAAAGGAAAAGGUGGAAAACUCGAUUUGAUGAAGGGGCAACUGACUCUUUUGACAAAAGCGACAACCGAUUUGCUGACCCAUUUUUCCGACGAUCGUCUCAAAAGUAUUCGAGAAAAAAUCGGAAAUUUGAGUCAAACAAUGGACAGACCGAAGCUUGGAUUUGAUGAGAAGACUGCCACUCAUGGAUUCCCUGGAGGAUUCGAAGAUCUCAAGAAUGUGCCGGUCAACGUGAAGUCUUCCUUCGUCAAGGAUUCUGGAACCAACGAGCAAGGAGAGAAGAUUCUCAAGGAGCUCGUCACGUUUGCUUCUGUGUUGGAGAAAGAGGUCGAACCGUUUCUGAAGGUCAGCCAUCCAGACGGCGCGGCCGAAGUCAUUCAACUCGCAGAAAAACUGACCGAACAAUUGAAGUUGGCUCGAUCGGAAAUCUCGGAGCUUGGCGGUUUCUCUGAACUGCAAAAAUGUGCUGAGAUUAUCGAUGGAUUCGCUCAAGCUGUAAAAAUGGAGUUGUGGGAGUCGGAAAAACCAUUCAUAACCCAGAUGGGAAAUGACGCGAAGCUAUUCGCCGAAGCAUUCAACAAAAUCACGGUGACAACGACAGAGAUUGAGAAGUUUGGGAAAGCUGUCGAGAACAUCGAUCUAAAUAAGCAAACAGACUUCGUCUCGACUUAUGCACAAAAAGAUGCGUUACUGGCAGAGUUAGGAAGUUUGGAAGCAAAUUUGGCUCAGAUUACACCCAAGCCAUCUGUGACUGCAUGGACCGCUAUGUCAAAAAUCGAUGUUUUGUUGCAAAGCUUGAACGACUACUUGCAAAAGAAUGGACUGAGACCAUUGCAAAACUGUUUCACGACUGGUGGAAUCCUGGAAGCUGCUAAGAAAUCGAUUGGUGAUCGUUCUACAAUGUCCGCCGUUCUGGAUAUCAAUUCAGGAAACAAGAACUACGCCGGAGCUCUUGGUCUGGAGAAGUUUGCUCUCGAUUUCUCAAAUGCAUGGAAACAGAAAAUUGCUGCGAACACUGCAAUUCAAAUAACUGGUGAUGUUCCAAUGCUUCCAGAUUCUCUGAAAGUCAGUCAUGAUGCAAAUGCAGCAAUCAAAUAUCUUCGGGAUUUGGCGGCAGUAGCAGAAGAGCAAUUCAAUCUCGAAGAAUUCCAGAAGAAUGAAAAAGCCAUCUUGGCUUCUUUCGACACAUUGAAAGUUGCUCCGAAGCAAGAAUACACCGCUUUGUUGACUGAUGAGAUGCUCCGAAUCAAGAAUCUUCUGAAAUUCUUGGAUGAGGCUAAUCAAAUUGUGAUCAAAGUGCCACAUCAUCUGUCUGAUUACAAGGAAGUGUUCAGUGCUCUCGGAAAUUUAAGUGGCUUAUCGAAACACCAGCUGAGUGAACUGAUGGAUGCAUGUGUUCAAAGUGGAUCGCCGUUCCCCAGCAAGAAAGUCCUUGAUCGUCUGAAGAAACUGGAUUUGGACUUUUCCAAUGGGCAAACGGUGAUGAAGAAUGGAUUGGUUGCUUUCAAUUCGACGAUUCCAUAUUUCGUGGAACCUGUCUCGAAUAUGGUCUCAAUUGCGCCAAAUCAGACGUCGGCUACUACAAGUGCUCCUGAUGAAAGCUCCAAAGCCGCUAUAUACGCAGGAGUUGGAAUUGGUGCCGGCUGUGUGGCAGCGGCUGUUGCAGGUGGUGUGUUCUACCGUAAUAAAAAACAAGCGGAACGAGACGAGGAAGUGCUCAGUAAAUUGAGGGCUGUUGGUAAUGGUGAUGAAGCUGAUAUGCUAAUGCUAUUGGAAGAUGACAACGUGUUGGAUGAUUGCGAUCGGUACGUCGGCGCUACUGUAGAAGGAGUUGACGACAUACCAGUCAAAAACCGCUGGUCGGGACAUCAGAUGGCUUCAGUUGGGAGAGAAAUGUUGAGGCUGCAAAAAGAACAAGAUGAGGUCCAAGUCGGAUAUAAUAUGUUGCCGGUCGGAAUCGAUGAGAACAAUAAACCUCCGUAUCGGUUUCCUUAUAUUUCAGAAACUGACGUGGCGACAAUGAGGCUCUUUCCAGUACCAGAGGUCACUGUAUCGAACGAUAAGUGUACACCAGUAUUCCAUCCAUGUGAGAAGGAGUAUUCUGUUGGAAAAGGAAAAGACAUGUUUGAGAGCGAGCGUCGAGAAGCUGAAAAUAAAGUAGAAGAUUCCGUUGAAGUCAGUAAAGAGAAGCAAAAACGGAAAGCAGACGCCGAUAAAUCGACGAAACGUGUUGACAAUAGCUUUAAAAAGCAUUUAGAUGUUUACACUGAGAACAAGAAGCGUGAACCUGCUGGUACAGAUGGCCAACCUUCGAAUUCCAAAGAAAAGGAUAUCGAAUCUCAAACCGGAGGAAUUUUCGGAUGUUGUCGGUCGGAAAAGAAGGAAAACGAAAAAAAAGACUACAAUCUUCUGACUGAAGAAACAUAUGCUGACAAACUCGAACGUGCACUGGAGAGUGCUGUCCCUGAUUAUAACUUUCAUAACUACGAUGCUUAUUUGAAAAUGUACCGCCAUAAGCCGAGUGGGCGCCCAUGGGCCAUUCCACUAGUAGGAGAUCCCGUCGAAACGGCAGUGGAAAACCGACUUCGUUGUGAUGAUAAUCACAAUCACGCGGCCGACCGUCUCGGAUCCAAUAAUUUCAGGACAACUGGAGAAAAUGGACAACUUGAGUUGAAUGUCGACAAGCUUAUCUUCUGCAUGCUUGGAAAGAAAUUCAUCGAGUACGACUAUGCUGCAUUGAACUUGGAUAAGCCUCUGCCAAAAAUUAGUUACCAUUUCCGACCAGAUGAACUUGAAUGGAUAAUUAAAAAGGCUAUGGAGCAGUUUGCAAGGGACAGAGAGCAAGGACACCCAAUAAUUCUAUUGCGAAGAGAGAAGAUCGUGGUUGUCGGGGAUAUCCAUGGAAAAUAUCGAGAUUUCUGUUAUGCCCUAACCAGUCAUUUCAUGAAUGACAAAGUAACAUUCGUGUUUCUUGGAGAUUUCGUUGACCGGGGACCCAGAAGUAUGGACGUUGUCCUUCUGAUGUGCCUUCUGAAGAUUGCACACCCGAGACGAUUCUACUGGAUUCGAGGAAAUCACGAAACACCGGCAACCAACAUGAGCUACGGUUACUUGACUGAAUGUCGAAGCAAUCUGGGUCAUUGGUACGGCACUGAUUUCUGGAAGAAUUCUAAUGAUUUGUUCAAAACGCUACCUCUGUGCGCGAUCCUUCAAAACAAAGUGUUCGCUGCUCAUGGUGGAAUUCCGAGAAAAGUCGAGAGCCGAAAUCAUCUCAUUAGCUUUCUAAGAGAACAGCCGAGAACUAAGGAGGAAGUCGUCUUCCAGAAUCAUUUCCUCUGGGCUGACCCAUCUGUCAAGCUCAGUAUGGAUCCCAAGAAACCCACCGCAUUCAUUAUCGGAGGUGGAAGAGGCACGCCGGGUGUCGAGGACUUCACUGCAGUAGGAAUCAAGUAUGUGUUGGGAUUAAUCGGUUGUCAGAUUAUGGUUAGAGGACACGAAGUGAAAGAAGAAGGAAUCAAAUUCUUCGCUGGCACCACUGUCGCCACUGUUUUCAGUUCAACGAACAACACCAACCGUAAUAAAGCAGCACACAUCAUCAUCGAUCAUGAUCUCAAUAUCAACAUCGUCAAAUUUCAUAAUAAAGUGGAGGGAACGAUGAAUGAUGAGAAGACAGAGAGACCGCAUAAUCCAAGAAAGAAGAAGAGCAAAAGUCGAUGA